AUGGUGUCUACGGCUAUGUCCGACCAUGCUAGGCAUGAGGACCCAGAAAAGGAUGAAAGACUCAGUGACCGUGCCGUCUCGCCAGUGCUGGAGACGGAAAAGGUACAUGCUUUAGUACACACUGCUACCGCAGCUGAUUCAUUACACCCACCCGCUGAAGCUGUCAAUACCCGGGAAGAUGGCACGGAAUACCCCACAGGUGUCAAACUAGCGCUGAUUGCGCUGGCUUUGUGCUUGAGUGUCUUCCUAGUGGCGCUUGACAACAGUAUCAUUGCCACAGCUAUCCCCAAAAUCACGGAUAAAUUCCACAGCUUGGAAGAUGUGGGUUGGUAUGGAAGUGCCUACCUCCUUACCACGGCUUCUCUCCAGCUUCUCUUCGGAAAGUUCUACAGCUUUUUCAGUAUCAAAUGGGUCUACCUCAUCGCCAUCGGUAUCUUCGAGCUGGGUAGUCUCAUCUGCGGUGUUGCAAACAGCAGUUUGACCCUUAUUAUUGGUCGUGCCGUCGCUGGUAUUGGCUCAGCCGGUAUCUUCUCAGGUGCCCUGAUCAUCUUGGCCCACUCGGUAGCCCUUGAGAAGCGCCCCAUGUACAGCGGCUUCAUUGGCAGCAUGUACGGCAUUGCUUCCGUGGCAGGUCCUCUUCUGGGAGGUGUCUUCACUGAUAAAGUGUCGUGGCGUUGGUGUUUCUACAUCAACCUGCCCAUUGGUGCUAUCACUGUCGUGGUGAUUGCUAUCUUCUUCCCUGCUCCAAACCGCCAGAUCAAAAACUCGACAUGGUCAGAGCGUAUCAGGAAGUUCGAUCCUAUGGGCACAUCUCUUUUCCUCCCUGCUAUCAUUUGCCUGCUGCUAGCCCUGCAAUGGGGUGGCACGACAUAUCCCUGGAGCAACUGGCGCAUUAUUCUGCUCUUCUGCUUCUUUGGUGCCUUGAUCUUGCUCUUUGUGUUUGUUCAAUGGACACAGCAAGAAUACGCCACAGUCCCUCCGCGCAUCUUCUUCAAGCGCACUGUUUGGUCCUCGGCUCUCUUCAGUUUCUGCCUGGGUGCAGCGUUCCUCUGUUCUGUCUACUUCCUCCCCAUCUGGUUCCAGGCCGUGAAGGGUGCCAGUGCCGUUAACUCUGGAAUCAUGAACCUGCCCAUGCUGAUCUCAGUCGUGGUUCUGUCUGUUUUAUCAGGUAUUAUCGUUACCAUCGUCGGCUAUUACGCACCUUUCAUGAUUCUUGGUACUAUUAUGAUCGCCAUCGGCUAUGGUCUCAUGACCAAGUUCCACCCAGAUACCCCCAAGUCCAUCUGGAUCGGUUACCAGAUUAUUGCGGGUGCCGGUGUCGGAUUCGGUAUGCAGCAACCUAUGAUCGCCGUCCAGGUUGUCCUUGACAUUGUCGAUGUGCCGACUGGUACCGCCAUUAUUGUCUUUGCCCAGACUCUUGGUGGUGCUCUUUUUGUUUCAAUUGGAAACAAUGUUUUCAGCAACAAGUUGGUCGAGUAUCUCGCCGAAUACGCUCCCACUUUGGACCCAGCUCUGAUUAUCCGAACCGGUGCUACCAGUGUUCAGAGUGUGGUCAGCAAGGCAGAUCUACCGGGACUUCUCCUCGCAUACAAUGACGCUAUUACCCAGACAUUCACAGUUUGCGCAGCUGUGUCCGCUUUGAGUGUCUUUGGUGCAGUGAUUGUGGAGUGGAAGAGCGUCAAGGGCAAGAGUCUAGCCGCAGGGGGAGCAGCAUAA